AGUGACUCCAUAGCAGUCAACCAUAGAGUCAGUCAUUCAGUGAUUACAAGUCAUACGCAAUACGUGUUGUCUUUAUUUGUUUUGUUUCACCACUUAUUUCAUACCAAUAACUGUCACCACUAACUGAUCCGCACCAUCAGCACCACCGCCACCACCACUACAGCCAUUCACAAGCGUUCACUUCGCACAGCACUCGUGUCCACUACACACAGACCAACGCAUCCAACACUGUAUUGUCGUUGAGCUCAAGAUAUACUGAAUAGACAUCAUCUGUACAUCACUUAUCACUUCCCCAUACAAUACAGCGACAGAUAAUGUUUGGCUAACCAUUGGCUGCGAUACCUGUUGGCAGAGACGGACCGAUCGCCACUCAAUACUCACCGAACGGAUCCCAAACACCAAAUGGAGCUCCGAGUGGGCAAUAAGUAUCGUUUGGGCCGAAAGAUCGGUUCCGGUUCUUUUGGCGACAUAUAUCUCGGCACAAACAUAUCGACCACUGAAGAGGUGGCCAUUAAGUUGGAGUGCAUUAAGACAAAGCACCCGCAGCUGCACAUCGAGUCCAAGUUUUACAAACUGAUGGUCGGCGGAGUGGGUAUACCAGUGAUCAAAUGGUGCGGCACUGAAGGCGACUAUAACGUGAUGGUUAUGGAACUAUUGGGGCCAUCACUGGAGGAUUUGUUCAACUUUUGCAGUCGAAAAUUCAGUCUCAAAACUGUACUCUUAUUAGCGGAUCAAUUGAUCAGUCGUAUUGAAUACAUUCACACCAGAAAUUUCAUUCAUCGCGAUAUAAAACCGGAUAACUUUCUAAUGGGUUUAGGAAAGAAGGGUAAUUUGGUGUACAUUAUUGACUUCGGUUUAGCCAAAAAAUAUCGCGACAAUCGGACACACGUUCACAUCCCUUACCGGGAGAACAAGAACCUGACCGGAACUGCUAGAUAUGCUUCCAUUAACACUCACUUAGGAAUUGCACAUCGAGUCCAAGUUUUACAAACUGAUGGUCGGCGGAGGUAUGUCUUGAGACAGAUGGCAAUGACGGCUCUCUCGUCUUUGUUGUCUAUUGUGUUGAUAUGUGAUAACCCGAUGUGUGUUGUCGUCCGUGCAGUGGGUAUACCAGUGAUCAAAUGGUGCGGCACUGAAGGCGACUAUAACGUGAUGGUUAUGGAACUAUUGGGCCCAUCACUGGAGGAUCUGUUCAACUUUUGCAGUCGAAAAUUCAGUCUCAAAACUGUACUCUUAUUAGCGGAUCAAUUGAUCAGUCGUAUUGAAUACAUUCACACCAGAAAUUUCAUUCAUCGCGAUAUAAAACCGGAUAACUUUCUAAUGGGUUUAGGAAAGAAGGGUAAUUUGGUGUACAUUAUUGACUUCGGUUUAGCCAAAAAAUAUCGCGACAAUCGGACACACGUUCACAUCCCUUACCGGGAGAACAAGAACCUGACCGGAACUGCUAGAUAUGCUUCCAUUAACACUCACUUAGGAAUCGAACAAAGCCGUCGCGACGACUUGGAGUCAUUGGGUUAUGUGUUAAUGUACUUCAAUCGGGGAUCGCUUCCCUGGCAGGGCCUGCGGGCGGCGACCAAACGCCAGAAGUACGAGCGGAUCAGCGAGAAGAAGAUGUCCACUCCGAUCGACGAGUUGUGUCGGGGCUUUCCGGCGGAGUUCGCCACUUACCUCAACUACUGCCGCGCCCUUCGCUUCGAUGAAAAGCCCGAUUACUCGUAUUUACGGCAACUCUUGAGAAAUCUCUUUCAUCGACAGGGCUUUACUUACGACUACGUGUUUGACUGGAAUAUGUUGAAGUUUGGCGGAAAUCGGACGCAUAACGCGAUUGACGGGACAGACGCUGACCGUCAACAGAGCGCUGGUGUGCCGCCGACAGGUGCCCAAGUCGUCAACAAUCACAUCCAAUCACAUCAUUCACACGCAUUGAAUUUGACCCGAAAUAACGGCACCACUGUUAGCGGCGGAGGUGCGGGUACGCCGGGCAGCGCCACACCCGUCGGUGUCGGACAGACCGGCAUUUAUCCACAAAAUAGUCGAAGAGUUAGGAAUAAUUCAACGAAUGCAGCGAUCAAUGCAAACGUCGUCGUCGACAACGGCUUACUAUCGGGUAAUGAGAGAAAGCCAUCACUCAAUUAAAGCUCACUUUCAAUACUAAUCGUAUGACAAUUAUUAUUAUUCUCUCCAUAUGUAUGGCCACUACGACCACAACUAUAGGCGGCGUUCAAUUACCACCUUUUGUGCCUCAUUUAAACGACCAAACAAUAGAAAUCCAUUCGCAUCCGUGUCUAAUACCAUCCACUUCUAGAGGCGCUCACAGAUAGGAUUAGGAUUACAAUUAUUAGCUUAAUUUAAAUGUGACAUUAAAAGACUCAAUACAGACAAACAAAUAAUCAACAAAACAAUACAUCAAACAAAACGAUUAUAAGAAAAACAAAUUAUAUAUAAAUUUUACGAUAAUUCUUAUGAUUAUAAUUAUAUAAUUACUAUACAAUUUGUAUCGCCAGUUAUUACCCCCCUCUCUAUCCCAUCCUCUCUACUAUAACCCCAAAUGCCUUUCCAUAUAUAAGUUUUGUAUGCCGUAUACCUGACGGUCAUUCCUUUCAAUCGAUACCAAUUAUGGUAAUAAUGUUAUGUUUUUUAUCCCCAAACUUAAAGUAUAGGGUUUUCUCAUUGAUAUAGAAAUCCUUUUUUUGGUUUAUUUAAAUGAAACAAAAAAAUACAUAUUAAUAAUUAAAAACAAUUUUUUAACAUUAAAUUUUACGCCUAGUCUUCUUCAAUAUACAUACGGUAUAUAAUAUAAUAAUUCAAAUCGCGAUUUAUAUCCGUAUUUACACAUUUCAUCGCUACCUCUAUCUCCAUUCUCUUUCCCUCUCUCUCUCUCU